AUGGCGCCGCCCAGCUCGCCGCCCUCGGCCGCCGCGCCGUCGCGGGGCUCCUCGCGCAAGCGCACGGCCUCCGCCAAGGCCGCGCCCGAGGCCGACCAGGAGGCCUCGGUCACCAAGCGCCCCCGCAAGGGCACCUCCUCCGGCAAGAGGAAGCCGGCGCCCAAGGCCGCCAAGAAGCAGCAGAAGGCCACCAAGGCGCCGCGGGAGAAGAAGGCGGAGGAGAAGCCGGCGGCGGAGGACGAGGUGUGCGGGGAGGAGCCCGACGAGGAGGAGCUGGCCCUCGGGGAGGAGGACGAGAUGGCCGCCUCCGGGGAGCAGCAGCAGCAGGCGGCGGCGGCGGCCAAGAGGCGCGUGGCGCAGCCCACCAAGAAGGCCCGGAACGUCGCCGCCGGUGACAGGGAGCCCGAGUUCCUCGGCGAGCCCGUCCCCGCCGACGAGGCCCGCGCCAAGUGGCCGCAGCGCUACCAGCGCGGCUCCCCCAAGCGGCCGGAGGAGGACGAGGACAUGAAGGCGCGCGCCCACUACCGCUCCGCCAAGGUCGACGACGUGGACUACACGCUCGGCGACGACGUCUACGUCAUGGCUGGGGAAAAUGAGGCAGAUUACAUUGGCCGAAUAACUGAGUUUUUUGAGGGUGUUGACAAGACCAACUACUUCACAUGUCGCUGGUUCUUCCGUCCAGAGGACACGGUGAUAUCUAGAGCCAAAUUUGUCAAUGAUCACACCCAUGACCCAAAGCGUGUCUUUCUCUCUGAGGAAAAGAAUGAUAAUCCACUUGAUUGCAUCAUAUCAAAGGUCAAGAUAAUCCAUGUUGAUCCAAAUACGGAUUCAGUGACCAAGGCCAAACUGGUGGCUGGCACUGACUUGUACUAUGACAUGUCAUACUCUGUUGCUUAUUCUACAUUUGCUAACAUCCCAUCAGACACCACCGAGAACUCUGGUAUUUCUACUGAUGCUGAUUCAGAGAAUGGGACCCCAGUAAAAACAGCAUCCCUCCUUGAUCUGUAUUCUGGUUGUGGUGGGAUGUCAACAGGGCUGUGCUUGGGUUCAGCGCUUGCUGGCCUGAAACUUGAAACUAAAUGGGCUGUUGACCUGAACAGCUUUGCAUGCAAGAGCCUUAAAUAUAACCAUCCCAAAACAGAGGUUCGAAAUGAAAAGGCUGAGGAUUUUCUUGCACUUCUUAAGGAAUGGGUGAUUCUAUGCGACAAAUAUGUCCAUGGCAAUGAUUCUGAUGCAGCAGAACCUGUUGAGGAAGAGGAAGAUGAUGAGCCUCUUGGAAAGGAUGAGUUUGUGGUUCAAAAGCUUCUUGGGAUCUGCUAUGGUGGCAGUGGGAGGAAAAAUGGAAUCUAUUUUAAGGUUCAAUGGAAAGGAUAUGGCCCAGAAGAGGAUACCUGGGAGCCCAUUGAAAACCUGAGUGAUUGCCCAUUGAAAAUUAAGGAGUUUGUGCAAGAAGGGUACAAGCGAAACAUUCUACCCCAGCCUGGUCAGGUUGAUGUUAUUUGUGGUGGCCCACCCUGCCAAGGGAUAAGUGGGUUCAACCGGUUUAGAAACCGUGAUAACCCUUUACAAGACGAGAAAAAUCAACAAAUGGUUACCUAUAUGGACAUUGUCUCUUACCUGCAACCAAAGUUUGUUCUGAUGGAGAACGUCGUGGACAUUCUGAAAUUUGCUGAUGGUUAUCUCGGUAGAUACGCAUUGAGCCGUCUCGUGUCUUUGAACUACCAAGCCCGCCUUGGGAUGAUGGUAGCUGGUUGCUAUGGGCUUCCUCAGUUCAGAAUGCGGGUGUUCCUUUGGGGAUCUCUUCCUACAAUGGUCCUCCCAAAGUAUCCUCUUCCUACUCAUGAUGUAGUUGUUCGUGGUGGUGCUCCAAAUGCUUUCUCGCAAAGCAUUGUUGCGUAUGAUGAGACACAAAGGCCAAUUUUGAAGAAAGCUCUCCUUCUUGGUGAUGCCAUUUCAGAUCUGCCGAAGGUUGACAACUAUCAACCACAUGAGGUGAUUGAAUAUCGUGGUCAACCCAAGACUGAAUUCCAGCGGUAUAUACGACUUAGUCGUAAAGAUAUGUUGGACUAUUCAUUUGGUGAUGACACUUGUCCUGAAGAAGGCAAGCUCUUGGACCACCAGCCUUUAAGGCUAAACCAGGAUGAUUAUGACCGAGUCCAGCAGAUUCCGAUAAAGAAGGGAGCAAAUUUCCGUGACUUGCCAGGCGUCAAGGUUGGAGCGAAUAACAUUGUGGAGUGGGAUCCAGAAGUUGAGCGUGUCUACCUCAAGUCUGGCAAACCUUUGGUCCCUGACUAUGCAAUGUCCUUCAUCAAGGGCAGAUCACCAAAGCCGUUUGGUCGGUUGUGGUGGGAUGAGACGGUGCCUACGGUUGUGACCAGAGCAGAGCCGCAUAACCAGAUCAUUCUGCACCCGAACCAGGGACGUGUUUUGACUGUCCGCGAGAACGCUAGGCUGCAAGGGUUCCCCGACUACUACCGGAUGAACGGUCCCAUGAAGGAGAAGUACAUCCAAGUCGGAAACGCUGUGGCUGUCCCCGUCGCACGUGCACUGGGCUACUCUCUGGGCCGGGCGUACCAGGGCGAGGUGGAUGCGGGGCAUGAUGCGCUGUUUGUCCUUCCCGAGAGCUUCACCAACGUCGGGCAGACCGGAGCACGGGCAAGGGCUUCCUCCGUUGGGACCCCUGCCGGCGAGGUGGUCGAGCAGUAGAGCGGAGGCUGUCUGUUGUGUUGUGGUGGCGGUGUUCGAGUCUAGUCCAUUUGUCGCGGGAACUAAAUUGCUGCAGCAUGUAAGGAUUGCUCGAGUGGUUGGCUGGUUGAACUUGUUGUGAUCGUUGAGAUCCUUAGUCGUAGAUGAAGAAACUGGUACUGGUAUGUUGUUCCAUUGUUGCUACCUGCCCCAUUGACAAUUAUUAUUGUCUGUUCUCCACUGGAA